GACUUUGUGGCUGUGGAAUCUGACUUUGUUGAUAAGAAACUAGUGGAAACUCAGUACUUCGGUGGGACGACAGAGUUUGCAAGUACGGUUAGCAAUUCUAAUAAUAACUGGUUAUUAAGGAUGCACACAGGUUGAAUAUAAAACAUUCAUAUGAAGAUCUGUAUUAGCAAGUAAACAAGAUUGUAAAAUUGCUGCACCCAUUCAUUUAUUAUUUUUCGACGUACUUCCGGGUAGCCAUGGCCGAUUCUGUAGCGGUAGAGGAUCCGAAAUUCACUUUACAAGAGGUUCUUGACACUUUUAAGUCAUGCCUAUCUGAAAACAAAGAAGUAUUCCUCGAACAUUAUGUAGCAGGGUGGCUUGGUCUUGUAAGGUAAGUCGUUUAAAUCUAUGCUAGCCUAGAUUCUUAGCUAACUAGGGAACUAGCCCUGGACUGGGCUAACAUUAAACAAACAGCUGACACGUCAUUGAGUUCACAUAAUCUAGUUAGAUGUACUUAAACAAAAAAAUCUGAUAUGUACAUUACAGGGAUUGACAUUAAAGUUAGAAUCCUUGGUUAAAACAAUAACAACGCGUUUACAAGACUUUGUUUUGGUAAGAAGCUGAGGGAUUGGCCUGGAGAAAUGUUACCACAAUCAAAUUCGUAGACAGAGCUAUUGAUGCAAGGAUUGACCAUCUCUGAUAUCAACAUUAUAGUUUUAACUAUGUUUUGGGCCUAUAACUACAGUGUUUGUUUGCAAACAUUGGAGUAAAACAAGCUUAUGUUUAGGUUCUGAUGCUACAACAGUUGAACUAAGCUCAUGACGCAUCAAUGGGUAUAUGUCUUUAAUUAAUUAUUCAAAAAAAAUGGAUGUAGCAACUAAGGACUUGUAGCUUUAAGGGUUGCCCUAUUGCCUGGGGCAAGUGAACUGAGUACUUGCACAAGUUGAGCCUGCUCAGAGGUUGCCCCAUUGUGCAUGUUAAUUUUUUAAAAGACAAAACAACCAAACUGCAAACAAUUCCAGCAACCUAAGACUGAUAUUUCUGGUUCCUCACCAUUUUUUAAUUGAAAGACAGACAAUAUAUGGUAUUUAUAGACUGGUUGGUUGUUUAGCAACAAAACUGAUGCAUGCACAACUCUGGGGCAAAACAGACAGGGGUUGGUGUUGACUGUUGAUAACAUGUCAACUGUAUUUGUAGUCUCCAAAUGUUUAUUGAAAACAUAAAUACAUUUGCACAAUGAGCACUUUCUUCUCAAAUACAUCUUUACAGUUGUUGGUUAGCUAGCUAGCAAAUUUGAGCCAUAUUAGCAUAGACAUGACAUCAGUCAAAACACCUCAAAACAAGACAUGGUAUCAAUAACAAGCCACGAGUUGAAACGAGCCACCUACGAUUUCCUACAUGGCAGCUUCUUGUCAUUGUUGCUAGCUAUCUGACCAUUCAGAAUCGUAAGAACGCACGCCUUCCGGCCACAUCAAUGCGCAUGCAUCCUUUUCGUGAUGUUUCAGCCAACCCGGGCAAGUUGAGUCUGCUCAGAGAUUUUUUGUUUUUACUGAUAGCAACUAAAAUACACAAUUCCAGUACUGAUCUUUCUGAUUCCUCCCUUAUGUGUAGAUGAAAGGCAGGCAUUAUGACACUUCUGCGUGUAACUAGCUAUUUUUACAUUUUCGGGUAAGUGAUCAUAAUCUUCGAGGCAACCAAAAAAUACUCCUAAUUUGCCCUAUGGGCAUGUGCCUUUCAGACUUUAAUGUCAACCCCUGAAAUUAUUCUGGUUGUCUCAAUUUAGCAUAAUGAAAUAUUUGAAAGCUUUUAUAUGUUGUGUUAAAUGUGUUUAUUGUCCUUUGUAUCCAGAUUCAUGAACAGCCUGGGGAGUGUGUUCUCCUUCAUCGCCAAGGAUGCUGUCAACAAGAUCCAAAUCCUGAUCAACCAUCUGAAAGGUGAGAAUGGGGCCCACUAUGUCACCGUCCAGUCUAUGGUCAAAUACGAACUGGACAACCAACUGGUGGACCUGACUAAGAGAGGCAGCUUCCCAGAGUCCGGCUGCCGCACCCUCCUGAGGCUGCAUCGUGCCCUGCGCUGGCUGGAGCUCUUUCUGGAGCGGCUGCGCACCAGCACUGAGGAAAGCAAGACCUCGGUCAUGUGCUCUGAGGCCUAUAAUGAGUCCCUCUCCCAACACCAUGCAUGGAUCAUCCGCAAGGCUGCCGGUACAGCUUUCUGGGCUCUCCCAGGGCGUGCUACGUUCUUUGAUGUGAUGAAUGUAGGCACCCCAGAGCAGGUAGUGGCCAUGCUAGGGGAUGCCCUGCCUCUCAUCUCUGAGGUGUACCAAGUGACAGAGGACCUCUAUGUCCAGAACAAUAUACUGGACUUGCCCUAGUAGGCAGGAAGUACUAUAGUAGUAGUAGUAGUAGUAGUAGUAGCCUGGUGGGCCCAGAUCUGUGUGGGCCGUCUUGCCAACUCCAAUGGAAUUGUUUA